GCCAGACAAACUCUUUACCUUGUUACCCUGCUGUUUUAACCACAGAAAGUUACAAACACCUUGUUACUGAAUUACUUUUGGAGCUAAGUGCAAAUCUCUUCUUUCCCCUGGACCGAUUUAUUUCUUCAGUUGGACUAAGGGCACCAGGGUCCAUCCACUGGACAUGGUUGGCCACGCCAAAGAGCGCCUCUUGUGCCAGUGAGCGUGGUGAUCACGCUUGUGUCCUGGCUGCAGGCGUGCUCUGACUUGUUCCGGCCACUAUGCUCGUCUCCUCCCUUCUUGUCUCGACCUCAAUUCGUGUCCUGGAGCUUCCCCCUGAUCGACUGCAUCGCCCUGCAUCGAUUCCUCGUCGUGGUUCGCCUUGAAUGCGUCGGAAACGUCAUGCCCGUGCCAUGCCCUGCCUCUGCCCGCCAUUAAAGCUUGGUCGGGAGCUCGCCCGUGAGCUCGAGAAGCCUCUACCGCGCCUAUAUAAGGACCCCCGAACCCCUCCGCACCUCACCAUCCUCUCCCCGUUCCUCCUCCCCCACUGGAGUGCCUCUCCUCGCCGUUUUCUUCUUCGGCCACCGCGGCCACCACCGGAGUUCGUCUCCAUUCCGGCCACCGCAUCCCCCCUCUCCUCCUCCCAAGCCCUCCACUACCUUCAUCUACUUCCCGCGGUUCGCCCCAACCCCUUGCCCCUUGCCGGAGAGCCCCGUGGCUGCGCCUCCCGGAGCUUGGCCGUCGCCGUUGCUCUCGGUCACCACACCGACCGAGUCCAUCCGAGCCUCCUCUCUCCCUCCCGACUCCACCACCGUCCUCCCCGUGCUCCGCUGAGUCGUCCCACCCACUUGUCCCUCGCCGGAGUUGCCCACAUCGCCAAAGACCACCGCCAGCCGCCGCCCUCUGUCUCUCCUCGGUCCUCCUCCGCCCCGCGUCCUCCUCUCCUUCCCGGGGCCGUCCGACCCUCUGGACGGACGCGCCACGCGGGGCCGCACCCUGGCUGGAGCUGGCCUGGACUGGCCGCCCCAGCGCCGGCAGCGCCCCUGUCAUCCUCCUCUGCUUCCUGUCGUGGCCAGGCACGGGAGGAAGAAGAAGACAGGGGGAGGAGAGAGAAGGAUAAGGUGGGCCCCGCGUGUCAUCCUCUGCCCGUUGACCCCGCCACUGCCACGUCACCCCCCUCCGAGAACGUACCGUCCGACGUUUCGUUCCACGGCUUCACCGCACUUCUUCCUGGAGUCUCCGUCACCCCAGCUUGCAGGUCGUGCCUGGAUUGCUUGCUUGUUUGGUGUUGUUCCUGUGUUCGCGAGCUAGGAUAAAUGUUCCAGCCACAGUCCCCGCGGAUUGGAGUCCAUCAUCGUCGUUCAUUGUUCCGCUGCCAGUAGUUGCUCCGCUGCUUCAAGUAUUAUGCUGCUUGUAUAGAGCAACCGUGGUUGGCGUAGUGUCGCCAUGCCGAUGUUAUUCAUUGUAAUAUCGGAACCCUUGUAAUCAUAUUCGUGUUGUAAUAGAGAGCUGGUUUGUUC